GCUGGGAGCGCCUCAGGACCGCCUCGAACUACCAGUUCCGUAAGACCCGGAGAAGGGAGCCGGCGGCGCGCGCAAUGUGUGACGUCGCAUCCCGAAGUACCGGUCCCGGGUCCCAUAUCCCUGCGGCCCAGCGGCGUCCUCCGUCCCUUGGCACCCUCGGGCCAAGAACCUGGGUCCAGGCAGGCUCUGCGCGCCCGGCGAAGGUCAGCGCCCAUCAGCAGCGACCACAGAGCUACGGCGGGCGGCCCCGGGCAUGUAUGCCCCCGGAGGCUCUGGGCUGCCCGGCGGGCGCCGGCGGAGGAGCCCGGGGGGCAGCACUCUGCCCAAGCAGCCCGAGCGGAGCCUGGCUUCGGCCCUGCCUGGUGCCCUGUCCAUCACAGCGCUAUGCACUGCUCUCGCGGAGCCCGCCUGGUUGCACAUCCAUGGAGGCACCUGUUCCCGCCAGGAGUUGGGGGUCUCAGAUGUGCUGGGCUACGUGCACCCGGACCUGCUAAAAGAUUUCUGCAUGAACCCCCAGACAGUGCUGCUCCUGAGGGUCAUUGCUGCCUUCUGCUUCCUGGGCAUCCUGUGUAGUCUUUCUGCAUUCCUUCUUGAUGUCUUUGGGCCCAAGCAUCCAGCCCUGAAGAUCACUCGUCGCUAUGCCUUUGCCCAUAUCCUCACUGUCCUGCAGUGUGCCACCGUCAUUGGCUUUUCUUAUUGGGCUUCUGAACUCAUCCUGGCCCAGCAGCAGCAACAUAAGAAGUACCACGGCUCGCAGGUCUACGUCACCUUUGCUGUUAGUUUCUAUCUGGUGGCAGGAGCUGGUGGAGCCUCAAUCCUGGCUACUGCGGCCAACCUCCUGCGUCACUACCCUACAGAAGAAGAAGAGCAAGCACUGGAACUGCUGUCUGAGAUGGAGGAGAAUGAGCCCUACCCAGCAGAGUAUGAGGUCAUCAAUCAGUUCCAGCCACCCCCAGCCUAUACACCCUAAUGCCAGCCAGAACUUUCUUCCUUUCAGCAGCCCCUCCCCCAAUGCUACAGCUCCACUUGUGCCCAGAGGAGCUCCUUUCCCCAGCAGGCCUCACUAGUAGGACCCUGACCAUCUUUACCAAACCUCCCCAGGAGAGACUCUGCCUUUAGAGUUGUCCAUGUGUCCCUGCUCCCAGAAGUUGGGAUUCAGCGAAUUUAUGUAAUGCACUUUCCCCUACUGCCACACUCUGCUCCCUUACCAGUCACCCAUCACUUCCAACCAGGGGAGGGCCAGACAGGUUUCCUCCCUUCAUGGGCCAUAUCUUUGGGUCUGGGACUUUCUUGGGGUUGCUGCUGGUAGUGGACAAUUCCAGAGAGAAGUGUCACCAGAGCACAAGGAAAAGGGGACUUGCCCUAUAGGUUCCCUUCAUGAGGCUUAACAUUUGUUCCAUACCUGUAGCUCUGGGCUGACUCCUUCCUUCCUUCUCAGUGCCCCAGGCCCAGGCUGCCCACCUGGUGGAUUCUCUGCACUUUAGUCUUUGGACUUCUCCUUACAUGUGUUCUGGUUUUCUGGGAAGAAGAAAUUACUGUUGGGGAGCAGAGCACUAGCUCUCUCUGCCCUGCUGUGGUUUCCUAUGUCGAGCCAGGAAAGGAAGGCAGAAGCAAGCCAGAGCCCAAGGCCUCCUGUGCCUCCUCAUAGGAUCAGAGGGAAAGAGACUCAGUCUCUUGAUCUUGUCACCUUUUAAAAUGAAUAGUUUUAAAAGAAAAAAAAAACAGAAACAAGCAGCAGUAACUAUAUUGUCUUUUAAAAAUAGGGACAAGGCUGUUGUCCUUUUUCAGAAAUGGAUCCCAUUCCCUCUGGCUCUGCAAUAUUUGGACCAUAGCUCAGUCUGAGCCUCUGGUCACUCCUCCCAGUAUCUCUUCCAGCAGAAUGCAGCCUCUCUGCCCUGGCUCCUUCCCUCCCAGCCACUGCGGUUCCCUGGGGCCUACCUGUGGAACCUGAGCCGCAUGGCCCCCGAGGGGCUGAGGACUGUGGCCUGGCUGGCUGGCCAGCGUGGUGCUCCUCAGGACUGCGGCACUGAGAUGUAACCUGGCCUCAGCUCAGGAACAGGGGCCAAGCAGGGCAGGACCCUCCACUCUACAUAGGAACUCCAACCAGUGGCUCAUUGGCUUAGUGUCAGGACCACCCUGACAGAUUAGCAAAUCUGGUUAUAACCUUCAGACUCAGUGUGUCCCCUAGACUGUGACUUGGGGCUACAGCUUGCUGCAUGCCCCUCUCCCCUUCUGGAAUGUACUCUAGUCUUGCAGUGUGCUACUGGCUCUUUCUUGCCCAACCAUCACUCUGGUUACCCCAUUUUCUCUGGGUCUAGCUGACUGUUCGGCCCCAAGACCUGGGGCAUAAAGUGGUUGAAACUUAAGAGGCCUUCUGUGUCCACAUGGCCAAUCAGUGUCCAGUGCUGAUCUAAAAUGGAGAUACUCUAAUCUCCUCCCACUCGUUAGGCAAUAGGCAGUUCAAACAAAUGGAGAAUAAUGGAUACAACCAUUGAGCUGUGACUAGGAGACUGUCACAUCCCCAUUCUUCUUUGUCCAGAUUGACUGGGAAUGUCUGGAUAGGUGCCUGUGUGGGUGAAGACUAUGUCUGCAUACAAGUGAUGUGAUACCAAUGUGUACCCCAGGGUGACUCUCACACUCUUUCAAACCCUUCUCUAAGGCAAGAAAGGCUGACAUGUUAUAUCUGAGCACAAAGCCAAGAAACUACAUUAAGUCUGUCUUUCUAUAAAAAUCCUGAACUUGUCACCGGCAGGUGAAGUGUGCCCAGCUCUCCCUGACCAUAGGUGUCUGAGAGGGCGGGCCAGAAGACCGGGCACCAAACACGCAUGCCAAAGUGAACGGUCAUCUCAUGAGGAUCUUGACACAAUCCUGUGGACCGUUCCAUGUGAUUUGGAACCCACUUUUUAUUAGCUUCCCAUGCCUCUGUCCUUUCUCUCUCCCCUGCCAUCCUGACACUGAUAGUUUGUCAUAUAAAUCUCCUGGUUGUUUUUCUUUUCUAGGAAAAAAAAUUAAAAGGCAAAACAAAACAAAAAGACAGUACAAACAA